CAUCAGAGAAGUGUUCAUACAAGAUUGAGCCGCGCAGAAAAAGGUAUGGCUAAGGUGAUUGGCUGAAUUAAUUGCUGAAAUAAUGAUUAUUUCAAAGUAAAUUUAUCACUGUUUAAAAUGAAUGAUGGAUUGAAGAAGUACUGCAAAAAGUGAAGAAAUAAGAGGGGUUGAAAUAGGGGGUGGGUGUCAAUUUUGGGACUUGGAUUUAUUUGCUGCGGAUCGCUGUAAGUUGUAAACAAGCUCAAUUUUGACCUAUAAACGCCACGGGACCCUAUGUAUUUCUAUUGAUUUUGUGUUAGUGCUUGGAAUGAACUUUCAAAUGUGACCAAGGAUAUGUCUUUCUAAAUAGUUUGUUAUACCGUUUUCUAACAACACCUGUCGGUUUAAGCUGUACAACUACGUCAGGGUGAGUUUUUAAUCCAAUCACGUUUUCUGGCCUGCCCAGUUCGCCUUCAUCGUAGGGUAGGCGCGUAGUAUUUGAUAUAUAAAACGAUUCACAACUCGGCUGAACUGAAGUCUUACUAGAGAAUUGCGAACGAAAUGAUGUCCCUUGGUCCAAGGCAAUGACAAUUUUUAUUCUGAAGGGAGGCGAUUUUUUUCCAAAUUAAAACAAGAAUUAUAAAGCGAGGAUGUGGAAUUUUGCAACCGUUAAGUGCCUCGUUUUUAUAUUAACAUUACCCGGAUUUCUUGCCAGGAUUUGGGACUAUGAGUACAUGGAUAGAAGAAAUGAACGGCCACCAUUCCGUGGAUUACCCGACAUAUUACGAGAAUUAUAUCACAAACAUUCCCAGAACCUUCCUCCAAAUCGGCAUAUUGCAACAGUAAAACGUGGGGACAGAUACAGCAUUAAUGAUUUGAUUGCUUAUCUGAAAGGCAUGGUCGGAAGUGACGAAAUUUACCACACUGGUCGCUCCACUUACGUCAGAUGGGGUGCCGGAGGUUAGCGAGAGACCUGGGGCGGAUCUCAAUCUGUAGCUGUGGUACAAGGGGUGUGGACUUGUCUUCAUUCCGGUUCUCAAAUUGCUCCAUGAUAAUACGCAGUGUCAAUAUCUGAUUUUCAAACUUGAGUGAUUUUGUCGGCAAAAUCGUUCUCGGAACAAUUUUAAUCAAAUUUGUUAUUUUUAUUCAGUCAUUUCAACAAAAUAUUAUAUGUUUAUUUGAAUAAAGCUGUUUUAUUUUCAGUUAA